AAAAAGUUUACCUGCCUUGGAUUCCCCCUCCCACAAUGUUUGCCCUUUAUGACGGACUCAUGGAGGAUUUUUAGUUUGCGCCGUGUCUUAGGUCAGCCACCGUGGGAGCGCAAUUUGCUCAAAAUGAGAUUAUUGAUGGCACCGACGCGGUAGUGAUCUGCCUGUGGGAAGAACAAAUCAAAUAAAUCAAAUAAGAAUAAGAAUAACACUUUUUCAUCUGUGUGAACAAUCCCGGUGGUUUAUAAAAACAGGAGGGAUGGAGGCGACGUGGAGAAGAGGACGCGCUCUGGAGCGAUGUUGCCUCUGGAAGACACUGCUCCUGCUUUUCCUGUGGGAAGCGUCGGACCGUCGAGCAGGAGCAGCAGGUGGGGGACCAGGAGGAGGGCCAGACUCUUCACAGCCCCGGUUCUCAUCAUCGCUGCCCACCUACCUCCCUGUCCAGUGCCAGCUGAGUGGUGCAGACUCUGCCUUCUUCCUGCGGGAAGCCAAUCAGGAGGUUAUGCGAAACAGCAGCCUGUCCACAAGGACCGAGCCCUUCUUCCUCCACCAGCUGGAACUGGGUGUUCCUGCCAUGCAAAACUUGCCCAGCGUCAAUUGCAGUUACGGAAACCUAAGCAUUGAGCAGCCCGUCCCAAUGGAGCUGCUUCAGGGGCCAUCACCACAUGUGCUACGGACGGCCAACCAGGUGACUCUGAACUGGAAGGUCAAAGCUCAAGUAGUGGUGCCCAAAGUUGGGUCCUCACGACCCUGGAUACAGGUACUUUUUUAUUUAGUAGGUCGACGCUGGGAUGAGCCUGACCCACCUCCUCCAUCCCUUCUGCCGUGUGUCAGAGCCGUGGCCGUCCGGGACGCCAAUGAAGCAGCACCCUCGGCUGGCUGCCGGCUCGUGGGACCGUCUGGCAUCUGCGUUGUUCGUCUGGAGAUUCCCCCAGCUUGGUUUAUACCACUGCAAGUGAGAAAACGGCCUCCUGAAGUGACUCUUCCAUCCGUGGAUGUGUAUUACUCAAUCAUACCAGUAGAAGGGGCUGGUCAAGAGUGUCCUUACAUUGUGAACGAACCAUGGAGGGGUCAAAGUGCAAACAUCGGGCCUCUUGGAGGGCUAGGUAUGGGCCUUGGGGGUCAGUGGAGCCCCCCGCAGGAUGGGGGUCUUCAGGACAUGCUCAAGGCUGGUUCCGUGGUGAUGACCAUGGGCAUGGUUUCUGCCAAAGGAGAAAGACUGAGACUGGAUGAAAAUGUGGAGGUUCUGGUUCCACCCAGCCCAGUUCGGCUUGGCAAGACCGUGGCGUUUGGUAUCUACAUGAGGACAGAAUCAUCCACACAGCAGUUUACACUGAGGGUGUGGUUUCAGUCAGGCAUCAACUUCCUGGCUGUGAAACCCAGCAAUCUUGUUGCGUGGGAGAUCAAACAGGAAAUGGCGCCGGGAAGUAGUUCAUUGGCAGUGAUGUGUCAGAGAAAGGCCUCCUCCACAGCAGAGAGACUGGAGAUUCCUUCGUACGAAGUGAUGCAGCUAGACUUUGAGGUGGACAACGUGAUCAACCUGGUGCCGACUCAGACUCUACACUGGAACAUCGAGUAUGCGGCGGAUACACAGAUGACUUCCAGGCAGCCAGAGAAAGUCUCACAUCUCUACAUCAGCAAUGCUGACAUACAGGGCAUCGUGCCCCUGGCUGAGGACACAGACGUGGUGAACACAGCCAUCCUGACGGGGCGACGCAUUGCCAUUCCAGUCAAACUGGUUACCGUGGAAAUGGAUGGGCAGGUGAGGGAAGUGGACGACUCGGUCACCUGCAGGUCAACAGACGUGGACGUCCUCAAGGUGUCUCCAAACUGUGACCAGGUUCUGGUGAACGGUAAAGAAAUGCGUGGUCGUCAGUCACUGGCAGUGAAUUUCACCUACCUGCACCUUUCUGCUCAGCUGCAGCUAAAUGUCUGGGUUCCCAAGCUGCCCUUGCAGAUAGAUGUGUCUGACACAGAGCUGAGCCAGGUCAAAGGAUGGAGGGUCCCGAUCAUCACUAACAAGAGACCAACUCGAGACAGUGAAGAUGAUGAUGAUGAUGAGCGGAAAGGCAAAGGUUGCACCCUUCAGUACCAGUACGCCUUGGUGCGAGUCCUCACUCAUUUUGUUGCAGAACCCUCUGAUCCAGGAGGGGAGAUGGUUUACAUGCUCGGUGCCGACUGGCAAGCUGAUAUCACCCGUUUGGUUUUGGACCAGUUAAAGGUAGAAGAUUCUCGAAUUGCAAGACUUAUAGAUGGACGGAUUUUGAUGGGACGGGACUUGGGGAUCACCACUAUACAGGUUCUAUCCCCGCUGUCGGACUCUAUCCUGGCAGAGAAGACCGUGACUGUAUUGGAUGACAAGGUGACCAUUACAGACAUGGGAGUCCAGCUGGUUUCUUCUCUGUCCCUCAGUAUGACAGCGAGUCCUGGAAACUACCAGGCUAUUCAGCUAACAACCACAGCUAUUGACCUGCUACACACACCUAAACAGGAAGCUGCGGUGAGCGCAUGGAUCCAGUACAGUGAUGGUUCAGUAACGCCACUUGACAUCUAUGAUCCUAAGGACUUCCUCCUCUCUGCGGUUUCACUGGACGAGGGCGUCAUCUCCAUAACCAAUCAGGAACAGCACUGGCCAAUUGUGGUCGCAGAGGGCAAUGGACAAGGGCCACUUGUUCGUGUAGAAAUGGUCAUCUCUGAGACUUGUCAGAAGUCCAAAAGGAAGAGCGUUCUGGCGUCUGGAGUUGGCAACGUGCUGGUGAAGUUUGGAACAAAGAGCAAGGAAAGGGGCGAAAUGGAAAGAGGACAGGAGGAAGGAGGAGAGAUGGACAACAGCACCGUUGAGCACCGGACAAAGGAUGGAAGAGAGUGGAAGUCUAACAGUGCAGCAGUGGAUCGAGAGGAAGGAGCCAUGAGGAAGGUGAGCACAACAACCAAGAGCACAGUAAUCCAUCGUGCUGCAGGUGGUAAAGCGGCCAGUGGAGGCAGCAGCAGUAGCCGAGGCAGUGGUCCGAGCCAAGCAGGAGACUACGGCAGUGUCCCAGCACAGGUGGAAGUGCCAGGGACUGGGGGCAGUGAGUUAACCCACACCACCAGAGGCCUGUCGGACCUGGAGAUUGGGAUGUAUGCCCUUCUGGGAGUGUUCUGUCUGGCAAUACUGGUUUUCCUCAUCAACUGUGUCAGCUUUGCUUUCAGAUAUCGGCACAAGCAAGUACCUGUUCUGGAAACAGGAGGUAACAUGAACCAUGCCCAUGAUUGGGUGUGGCUUGGCAAUGAAGCUGACCUCUUAUCUGACCACACUGAUCAAUGCCAGGGUGGGAUACCAGAUGAGUGCACCACCAUCAUCGACCGAAAUGAAGGAGCAUAUGAGGAGAACAAGUACCUGCUGAACGGGGCUGGCAACACCCUGAUGAUGGGUGUGGGCACAGGCAUGGGCACACUUAGUGGGAGUAGUAGUACAGGUGGACACCGUGGCAUAGCCCAUGGACAAACCUUACCCAGAUCUGUCCCAGAACCACAUCAGUGCCUAAUCACUACCGGUGGCAAAGAUGCCACAUGCCACACAGAGCAUCUCAAUAAUUCCCCCAGAUCCACGGCUGCAGCUGCCAAACGCAAACGCGUCAAGUUCACAUCUUUUGCCACUGUCCUGCCCAAUGAUAAUUCAGGUGGGGGUGGAGCAUACACCAACUCCUCAGUCCUGAUGACCAAUGGGAGCGAGGAUGACAUCAAGUGGGUGUGCCAGGAUAUGGACCUGGGUCAGUCUGAAAUCAGAUCCUACAUGGAGAGGAUACAAGACAAUCUGUGACGGUAAUGGAGGGGCAGAGAAUAAAGGCAGGCAUGGGGGAGGCAGAUGGACAAUUAGUACAAUUCACCUGUAAUGCCUUUGCAGUGGAUGAAGGGAGGAAGUAUGGCAGGGAUAUGAGCCGAAUGACAGGAAGUGUGGUUAGUAUUAUCAAAUAGAUGCUUAAAUUUGACUCCCGUAAGAACAUGAAAAGCUUUAAGUCCUCAGUAGGUUACUCUGAAAUCAAUGGUAGCGAACAAUAAAUAACCAUGACUUCAUUUUGUAUUAUUUAUUGUGAGAAUGUUAGUGUAAAAUCAAUAAUUAUACCAUUACUGGUGAUGGAUGUUUAUUUCACAGUACCAGAAAACCAUUGUGCUACAUUAAAUUCAGGAUAUAUUGCUGGAUUAACAUUAUUAAGCCACUCUAUAUGUGGUGAAUACAUACAAAAUUACUCAUACGGUAUAUUGCCAAGACUGUGGUUGUUGACUGAGAGAUCUAGUUUAAUUUUCCAGUAUAAUGAAUGACUAAAGAACAGGUGCACAGCAAAGAUAAAGACUGUUCUUUUUCUAUUGUGUGACACGUUUCAUUUUGACAUUGCUCACAGGUAAAUUAUAAUACAUAUUUAUUUAUUCCCAGUACUUUUUACAUUUCACAGUCACCAGUGCAGUUUUGCCAUUCAGCACUUUAUUCAGGCAAUUUCCUCAAAUGGGACGUGCCAAGAGUUGGAAAAAGGAAAAGUCACACAUAAGACUGUUUCUCCCUUGGAUCCACGACAGAGGCAUUUAAUCUUGCACAAUUACAAACAGGAAAGGACAUUAGCCAUAUUUGAGGCUUUCUUACUGUGUUCAGAAACUGGUCCUGUCGUCUCCCCCCUCCUCCCCCGGCCCUUCUCUGUGUAUGUGACUGGACAUCAGCAGGGACAGAGUGGAUGAAAGGACACAGUGAAAUACUGUGAAACUCUUGUCUAUAAACGAAACAGAUUGAGGUGUCUCCUGUCAAAUAAAAGAGGAGGUUGCUCGGAGUUCUAAUGUGACACUGAAUACUGAGGAUUAUUUAAAAUACAAACAUGUAGGCUCCGGAACAGACUGUGUUGUACCUGGAGCAAACAGGAUACUCUCAAUGACAUUAAAAUACAAAUGAAAAUGGAGAGACUCUCAUGAAUAACUGAUAGAUAUGGGGUCAUGAAAAAGUGUUUGUUAUUUCUGAACUUAUUUCAUAUAUAUAUAAUGUUUUCCCUUUUGUUUGUUCUUUUUGAUAAAUAGAAUGUUUUUAUUAUGUUUCCUACUUUGGAAAGUUAUUAUUCAUUUUAUUAUUAUUAUUGUUAAGAUUUUAAGGAGACAUGGUUAUUUUCUUUCUUUCUCUCUUUCUUUUUUAGAGCUAUAUUUAUUUAAAUUAACAUUUGAGAGGGUGAGGAAGAAAAGGAAGGGCAAGUAUGAGAGGGAAUAUUGCUGCUGGUGAAUGAUAGCACAUACUUUCAUGGUGCAUUCACACCGAAAAGAAGGCAAUUUUUUUGCAUCUCAUUACUACCACGUAUGUGGUCGAUAUGUCAUUUGUAUUUAUUUUCAUUACUCACACAAGUAACACAAGUUAACACAACUGGUGACCACUCGCCUGACGCUCAUUCUAAAGCAAAGUAUGUUCAUAGUAGCACGCGACCAACAGCUUAGAGUGAGUGAAAGACACAUAAGUGGUACAGUUCGGUUUGGUACAGUACGGUACGGAGAGGAUUGCAUUUUCCACUGACAACAGUACUUUUACUUGGUGGGCGGGGUGUGCACCGUGAUCGAUGUCCAUGUCAGCGAAAUAUGUCGCUUGAAGUCGUAGCGGUGCGCAGACAAUGAACGACGACAUUGAACGCAACACGGCAGACAUAAUAAUAACACGUGCAACAACGGAGGACAUCCAGCAGUUGAUUGCUCCUGCUCGGUUUGUGGCUGUUUGUCUCAACAAGACGUCAAGCUUUGUAUGAGUAUAGACUGCGGACGCUGAAGGAACACCAGCAACGGAGUGAAGCUUUUUUGUCGCCCAAUCAGCUGACUGUCGUGGGUCUAGGUCCAGCCGUACUGUACCAUUACUCCAGUACCACAAGGGAAGGGUACCACAUAAUGGUUGGGGCCGGCUAUUUUAGUACUUUUUAAAUGGGAAAAAAAAAGUACUGUACCGUACCGAACCGCUCCACUCAUUUAUAUUAGAACUUACUGGGUAGUACAACUUUCCCGCUCAUUUUCUGCCACACCCUCUUUGUCUUUGCCCAGUCUUGCUUGCUUUGGGAUGUUGGAAGAAUCUCAAAACUGAUUAGCUCUUGUACCAUCAAGUCAUGAAUUUCAAUAUUUCACCUGCAGCAGCUGAAGGGAAUGAUGCAAAAAUUGCGUUUUUGCAUCACAAGGUUUCAUGUCGCCUGGUGCGACUGAUGUGAAAUUUGCUUCAACUCGUGUCUUUGCAUUGCCUUUGUUCUUAAUUUCAUCGUGCGAUAACAGUGACAAGCUCGGCGUGAACGCACCUUAAGAGAGUGAGUGAGAGAGGAGGAGGAGAUGGAACAUGCAGAGGUUGCCUCACCUUCAUUAAGCUCAGGUGACGAGUCAUAAAAAUAAAUAAAAAAAAAUAAUAAUAAUGGAGAAGUGUAAGAUUGUCAAGACUGCAAUAUUUAAUUAUAAUUGUGUUGCUGUUUCAGAGUACUCUGUAUGUUGUAAAUAAGAAAACAUGCUUCAAAGUGCUUGUGAAUAAGAUGCAGGUCACUAGCCACCAACAUAAUAUUUUGUACAUUUUACGGUGCAAAUGGUACACAAUACUAUCAACCACCACAACGUGAAAGUGAUAAUUAUUGUUUUUUUAUUGGUUCCUUUUGUAAAGCUGUACCGGUCUUUGUUUCAAGUAUUGAUUGAGUUCUUGUCUUUGUACAGGGUAGGAAUCAGUUUACCUCCAAUUAAGAUGUAAAAAUGGAGGCAAUCCAUCUAGUAUCACACUCAAAAGUGCUUGAGUAUGGCAAGUCUGAGGAAUCAAUUUCAGAGAGAAAAACAAAUCAAAUGUAUUUAUUUGAGUGGGUGAGUCGGCUGGAAAACAAAGGCAGAGAACCUGGAUUACUGCCCAAAACUAAGCAUCUCUAUUUUUUAGGCAUUUUUUUCUUCAACAACAAGCAUAGUAAUCGUGCACACUGAAAUCACAGCCCAAAUGAUUGGGUCUGAAACAAAAUGAAGAGGAUUAAAAGGAACAAUUACGUGGACUAAUGGACAAAAGAUCUGAGCUGACUCGAAAUGGGGGAAACAAAAUGGGCUGCACAGCCUCCACCAAAGCAAUAGAUAUUUUUUGACUACUCAUGGCAACUGUACUGUGUGUUUUUGGAUACAUGCACAUUGCUGUACAUGGUAGCAACAAGACCGUAAAGGGGGCGGGGGGCGGGGGUACAAGGUGAAAAGCAGUUUGAGGUAAUAGUGUAGCAAUGUUCUCAGAUCUCAGACCUUGUUGACAUGUUAGAACUGUGAGUUUGAUCAUCAUUUACAGGCUGUGACACCUAUUCUACCUGUUGUUUCUAAAACAAACAAAAAAAUACCUGGAAAGUUGUAGAUAAUCUUUCGGAGGUUCUUUCGAUUUUUUAGUCUGGCUAACGUCAGACUGUAUUCCAAUGCAUCGGAGAUGACGGAAAUGCUUCUGUAAGCAAUGGGAUAGAAGUGUGUUGUAGUUUUCUAGGAGCGAUCUAAUAAUGGUGUCUAAUCACUAUAGUCUAGCCUGGCUAAUGUCAGACCCCAGCUCACCCAGACGAAGCAAUAGCCAAAAUCAAAAGAGCGGAUCUUUGGUGGCCGCCCUGGUGGAUGCAUACAAAGGCUGCCAGAUAUUGCUUCUCUGUCGUCAUUGCAUUAAACCCACUUUGAGCACGCAUUUGUGAUUGGUUCCCUUUUUAGGAGAGUUGGCCAAAACAACUUCCUUGCCAGAGCAAAAUCAAAUCGCUGGCAGACUCGACUGGGUUCAGAUUGGAUUUUAGUUCUCUUAAUUGAAAGACAAAUUUACUUGCAUCAUACAGUAUAUCUUUGUUGUGGAAGGGCUGCAACUUCCUGCAUUGUUACUUCAUUUAAAAGUUACCAAUUGUCAAAGGAUUACAGAAAACGCCAGAAUAGUUUUUUUCUGCUACUGAAGACUAAAAGAGUUGUGAGACACACUGAUCACUCAA